AGGAUGUGGAUGUGUAGGUACUAAGUAGAUUGUAGUAUAUACGGCGUGGAGUGUAUGUAUAAUAGUAAUGUGUAGUUGUAGUGGGUGGGUAAUGAGUUUACUCGGAAUUCAGUCCCGAAAGACGCUGAUGGGUUUUAUAUUUACGAAAGUCGCACCCAGGCAAUCUCUGUUACUAGUGAUGCUACGUAGAAUGGGUAUAGCAGAGUGAGGCAUGGAUGGUUUACUGUUGUUGAUAGGACAGUUAAGGGGGAUGUGGUGUGGUGUGGUGUGGUGUGCAUUCGUAGGGAGAGUGUGGUGAUGCGGUGGUGUGUUGUGGUGUGCAUUGGGCGUUGCGUUGCGCUCGCUGUGUACGGGCAAAUCUCUACGAGUCAAGUUUUCAUUCGAAUUCAACUGGAUUGGGCUGAACAGGUAUGGCAUAGUAUGAUGAUGGCAUCGAUGAUAGAUGAUAAUGGCAUGUGGUUAUGUUUACUGCACUCCCCCUCUCGCUGUGUUUACUGGAGGGAGUGGGAGUUUCGAGUAGGACAAAGGCGUAUAUCCCAUGCGCAUACUAGCCCGGAGUUAAGGGAAGGUAGGGUAGGGGAGAAUUUCUUUACUUCAGCUGUCAGAUGUCUAAGUUGCAUCUACAGUCCAGGUUGUGUUGGAUUCGUGUCGUCUUCCGCAGUGGCCGGCGGCGGCGGCGAAAGCGACAACAACAGUCUCGACAGCGAAGCGAAGAGACUGGGAGUAGCCUGGUCUGGAAGAAGCCUGGAAGAAGAAUAGGUCGCUGAUCAACUACACAAUUAUGGGUAUGGUAUGCAUAUGGGAU